ACAGUAAUUUAUUUGCUGCCUCUUUCACUCUGCUGCUGGUAUUCCUUUGCGUUUCUGACUUCACGCUCCCUAUUUUACCGCGUUAUGGAGGGCUGAUACCAAGCGUGUGGUUUGGUAGAGGAUAAAGUGUAGAUAUGACACCAUCAAAGGAAGGCAUGACCUCCCUCAUCGACAAAACCAUAAAGCUGAGGAGGGAGGAACAGGCACGGCAGGUUGUCCUGGCAUGGGCCGUGUUGAAUAUGUCUCUGGCGGGGAUGAUCUAUACUGAGAUGUCUGGGAAGCUUCUUAGCAGAUACUACAACAUAACCUACUGGCCCAUCUGGUAUAUUGAGCUUGUCUUGGCUUCCCUGUUCAGUCUCAAUGCACUUUUUGACUUCUGGAAGUAUUUCAAAUACACUAUGGCCCCAUCCACGAUCACUGUGAGUCCAGGACAACAUCGACUUCUUGGGCUCAAGGGCUCAGGGAUUCAAGCCUCUCCACCUCAGAAAGAAGAAAAGAAGGAAGCUCCCGUGUCAAUCCAGUCAUCUCCCCUGCAGGGACAGAAUGUACUCAGUUUCAGUCCUGCACGACCCUCAAGCACCAGCCCCAAGUUUUCCCCCAGCUGUGUGUCUGGGUUCAGUCCCCCUCUGAGCAGCCCUUCAUCAGCAGGAGGACCCUUCUCACCCUCCAUGGCAUUCGGCAAGGUGUUAAACUAUAGUCCGUCUCCAAGUUCUUCUCCAUACCCAGGCAACCUCGGUCCUGCAGAAGGCACCAGUCUCCGCGCUCGGUACCGCACAUCUCCUUCAGUCUUUAAUUCACCCGGAGGCAAGGAGGACUACAUCGAUGACCUGAAGACUUUGGAGAAGUUUUUACGUACAGAGGAAGAAAAAAGCCACCGCAGUCAGCUGGGGAGUCCAGAGUCAACGUCUCCCAGACACAGUCCAUCUUUCUGGAACUACAGUCGUUCGGUGGGAGAUUACGCACAGAGCCUGAGGAAGUUUCAGUAUCAGCCGGCCUGUCGUUCACAGGCACCCUCUGCCCACAAAGACGACACGGAGCUGGGCUCUAAACAAGCUGCUGAAGAGGUCUGGGCACGAAUCACAACAAGUCGUGUGGUGACGGAUAGUAUCGACAGCUGGACUGCUAAACUGAGAAACUGGAUCAAUGACACCAUUCUAGUUCAUCUAGUCAGAGAGAUCGACUCCGUGAACAGUCAGCUCAGGAGGAUGGGUUGCCCUGAGCUCCAGAUCGGAGAGGCCAGCAUCAGCAGUCUCAAACAAGCAGCUGUGGUCAAAGCUUCUGCUAUCCCCACCCUCAAUGCUAUCGUACAGUAUCUGGACGUCACCCCAAACCAGGAGUAUCUCAUGGAGAGAAUCAAGGAAUUAGCCCACAGCGGCUGCAUGAGCUCUUUCCGCUGGAACGGAGGAGGAGAUCUCAAGAACCGGAAAUGGGACACAGACCUUCCGACAGACUCUGCAAUCCUGAUGCAUGUGCUGUGCACAUACCUGGACUCCCGGCUCCCUCCACAUCCUAAGUACCCUGAUGGAAAGACCUUUACGUCUCAGCAUUUUAUACAAACACCAGAUAAACCAGACGUGUCCAAUGAGAACCUGUUUUGCAUUCAUCAAAGUAGCACAAACCCUCCUCAUUAUCAGCUCGUCUACCAGGGCCACAUCUACAGCUUGCCUAAGGGCAGAAAUAACUUGUUUCAUACCAUCCUGAUGUUCCUCUACAUUAUCAAAACCAAGGAGUCUGGCAUGCUGGGGAGAGUGAAUCUGGGUCUUUCGGGAGUGAAUGUACUCUGGAUCUUCGGGGAAUGAGAUGUCACGUUAUCAGAAAAGCACUGCACAAGCCUUGGGAUGUGAAAAAUACUUUUUUUUUUUUUUUUUUUUUUUUUUUUUUUUAUAACAUUCUUGUGAUGUUGCAUGUUUUUUGAGAUGCAUUGUACUGUCGCAUUACUUGCAACCUUAACGCAAAUACAGACAAAGCACAGAAAGUCAUUUUAGUUGAGGAACAUUUUUAAAAUUUAAACACUGAGAUAUUUAUGACUUGAAACUGUCAAAAUGGAUCUUGUUCCACUGGGUUUUUAUACAUAUUUUUUUGUAUUUAUCAUACAAGAAAAACUAUAGUUAUUCGUGAAUGUAAAUUAGUUUGAAAGGGUACACACUGCAAGGUUUUUUUUUCUAAAUUACGAAGCAGUUAUUGGCAGGUGUUCUUUAUGACCUUGUAAUGCAGCUAUGAACAAGCAUAAGUCAUAUUUACUUUUUAAAUAGCAAUUUGGGGAAAUGUUUAUUUACUUGCUCUCAGUGACGGGCUUUUAAUUCUUUUAUUUUGACAAUAUACAGAAGAGCUGGGAUGACUAAUGAUCCUGACCUUGAAUGCCAAAUUACAUAUCCGACAAGAAAUGUUAAUGUUGUUUGUAUUUUAUAUUGUAUCUGAAGUGAAACUUGAAUUGAGCUUCCACUUUUGUCUUCAAAUUAAUAAAUUCUCAGCAUUGUU